UGCUCUAGCUACCAGCUUGUCAAGAACUGAAACAGGAUAAGGAAGAAGAGGGAAGAGAGGAGCUUAUGGCACAAGAGCCAAGUUCCCAUGUGGGAACUUACAAGAGGUUCAAGCCACACCUCCUCAUGGUUUUAUCUCAAGUGGCCUACGCAUUUCUCUAUUUCAUUACUGAAGCUUCCUUCAAUCAUGGGAUGAACCCUCAUGUCUACAUAACUUAUCGACAUAUCGUGUCUGGCAUAAUCAUGCUCCCUUUUGCCUAUUUUCUUGAAAGAAAAGACAGACCAAAGCUCACAUUUGCGGUUUUCUUGGAAUUUUUCCUUAUUUCUUUUCUGGGGAUAGGUUUGACUUUAAACCUGUACUAUGCAAGCUUAAGAUACACCUCUCCAACCUUCCUUGCAUCAAUGAUCAACACCGUAGCUUCCCUCACUUUUGUGAUUGCAGUUUCACUCAAGUUGGAGGUUCUUGAUCUUCGAAAUCCUCGCGGAUUAGCAAAAGUUUUGGGCACCGUAGUCUCCUUAGCCGGUGUAAUGACCAUGACUUUGUACAAAGGACCUAUUAUGAGAAAUUUAUGGAGUCCACUAAUCCAUAUUCAAGGAAAAUCUUCCAUCCAUGAGAACAGGUUGAAGGGUUCAAUUCUAACUGUUGCUAGCUGCAUAACAUGGUCUUUAUGGUACAUUAUGCAGGCAAUCACAUUGAAAAGAUAUCCUGCAAAACUAUCACUGACAACAUGGAUGAGCUUCCUAGGGGCAGCACAGUCAGCUGUCUUUGCAGUUUGUAUAGAACAUAAACGAGUUGCUUGGACAGUUGGAUUCAAGAUUGACCUCUGGUGCAUUUUGUAUUCUGUAAGAUUCUGUAUUUAUAUGCUGGGAGGGGUGUGCUCUGGCCUAAUAUUCUUUAUUCAACUAUGGUGCACACUAGAGAAAGGACCUGUCUUUGUGACCAUGUUUGAUCCCGUCUCAACAAUAUUGGUGGCAUUUCUAGCAUACUUUGUGCUUGGUGAAAGACUCUACAUUGGCAGCAUAUUAGGGGCAGCCAUUGUCAUUGUUGGCCUAUACUUGCUGUUGUGGGGGAAACAAGGUGAUGAAGUUUACAUCAUUAAGUGUGAAGACUCAUCUGAUAAGACAUACGAAGAGCAUAAAGAAGACAGAAUAUGA